AUGCACGCUGCCUCGUCUGAGCCUGCAACAACAGCUCUCAGUGCCCCGCAGUUCACCCCCAGGGAGCUCUACGAGGGGCUGGAUGAUGUGCUUAGUGAAAGUGCCGCGGGAACAGUCUACUCUCUCAAGGACUAUCCGAGUCUCGCUGUAAAAGUCAUCCAGCUCAGUGGCUUGGACAAGGACAGUGUAGACGCCGCAAAAGCCAAAUUGACCGUCCUCCUUACCCUCUCCUACAUAGGAGUUCUCAAGCACUAUCAGGUGAUCGAGUACAAGGGCCUCAUCUACGUCGUCACGGACCGGUAUAACAAGACCCUUGAGCACCUCCUCGCCGAGCACAAACGAAGGAAGAUCCCCGUCCCUAUCGCUAUGAUUCUCUCCGUCCUGAGGCAGGUCGCUGCCGCCCUCGCCUACCUCCACAGCGUCAAUGGAGCAAACACUAGAGGCCUCGUCCACUGUGAUCUCAGGCCUGCCAAUGUCCUUAUCAGCGCAGACGGAGAGCGCUUCGUCAUCGCCGACUUCGGCCUCUGCAAGGACGCCCUGUGGAGCGGGAGCACUCUCAUAGGAAUAAUGGCAUACGUGGCCCCCGAGGUGCUCCUCCGCAACGAUACCAGCCCCGCCUCCGACGUGUGGAGCCUCGGGGUCAUCAUUUAUGAACUAGUAACUUUGAGGAGACCGAACUUCUUGGGGGGCAAGGAGCCGGCAGAGGUCUUCGUUGACGAGUGGACACCGGACCUGAGCGGUGUCGCUGAUGGCUUCAUAAAGAAUGUUCUGGAGAGGAUAUUCGUGCUGGAGCCAAAGGAAAGACUGACAGCCAGGGAGCUGCACGAGACGCUCACUGCGGCUGACAUCCCAGUUGGUGAGCUGGGGCAUUGGUAUAUGGCACUAGAAGACAAAUGCAGCGCCUUGGAGACUGCUUUGAACAGUACUAAUGCCAGGAUCACUGCUCUUGAGGCAGCCCUCGAGAACAGGUUAAGUGGAGCCGACGCCCUAGGACAGGGGCCCCGACUUAAGACCGCCAGGAUCGACGUGCUUGAAUAUCAAUGCAAGAAACAUUUAGCCAUGAUUAAGGCACUGGAGAAUAGAUUCACAAAAUUUAGUAGUGAGAUGAACAGGGCUGACUCCCAGACCAACCUCUCCACGCUGCCUCAACUGAUAUACGCUGCACACACGAAUGACAUGGAGACCAUCCGGAUCCUGGCCAACGAUGAAGAUUGUAUCGGCCAGCGCGACGAGCAGAAGAUGACGGCCCUCAUGCACGCGGCCCAGCAGGGGCACAUUGGUCCUGUCAAGCUGCUUGUUGAGAAGGAGAAGGGUCUCAAGGACAACAAUGGCUGGACUGCACUCAUGCACGCCGCACAUUGCAACCACUCCGAGAUAGUUGAAAUUCUCGCCCCUUACGAACAUGGGAGAAGAAAUAACAACAAUCGCACUGCUCUGAUGAUCAUUGCAGAGGAGGGUCAUGCAGAAGCUGCCUCUGUUCUAGUCCCAUAUGAGAGGGACUUAAUCGACAGCGAAGGCAACACGGCUCUGAUGAUUGCGGGGGAGGCGAGGCACGAAAUUGUUGCGAAUAUUCUUGAGUCAACCGACAAACUCGGCAGAACAAGGCUUAUGCGAGCGGCUAUACGCGGUUGCAUAGAGACAGCAAAGUUGGUAAUUAAAUAUGACGGUGGUGCACAAGACAUAUUCGGUGUAACUGCACUUAUGAUUGCAGCUUCUGUGGGAAACGUAGAAAUAGUAAAAUUGUUAGUAGGUCUGGAGGGGGGUAUGAGAGACGGAUCAGAAACGACUGCACUUAUGAACGCGGCUUCUGCGGGAAACGUAGAAAUAGUAAAAUUGUUAGUAGAUCUGGAGGGGGGUGUAAAGAAUAUGGAGGAGAUGACUGCCCUUGAAUGUGGGGCGGUAAAUGGCCACUUAGAGGUAGUGAAGCUGCUAUUUGAAAAGGAGGGGCAUCUAAUAGACAAGUCUGACGAAUCCUUCUUUGGUGAGCUUGAGAAUGAUGGCUACUCUGAGAUAGCAUCCUUCCUUAGGAACAGCCGUACACCGGGCGCCGACGACUGCAACGAUCACCAAGCUGCUCCACGAUCUCACGAGUAA